AUGACCAAUACACUCCCGCCACCUUCUACCGGACAGAACUACGUCGUCGUGACCCCGAUCAAUGGUGGCGAAAUCACACUCCCUGAACGGUCAUUUGUCUCUCCAAGUGAUCCAAAGGCGGUGGUUACCGUUCCAUCACUGUGCUUUCUGGUAGCCCACCCUGGCGUUGAGGGUCAACGCAGACCCAGGUACCUACUCUUCGACCUAGGUCUCCGUGCCCAGCCGGAUAACUAUACGAAACAGCAGAAAUUCCAUUUGGAAUCGCGUGCCCCUUAUCGACUUGGCCCGGGAGUUGCUGAAUCUCUACGGGAUGGUGGGCUGGAUCCAACUGAUAUUGGUACCGUCAUCCUCAGUCACCUCCACUAUGACCAUCACGGCGACCCAGCAGACUUCCCUAUGGCACAGUUUUUUGUUGGACCAGGCUCCCUCGACCUCCUUCAGAAUGGACUUGGGCUUAACGCCUCUCAUCAAUUCUUUGAUCCAAACCUAUUCCGUGACGUUUCACACGUGGUCGAACUUCCGAGCCUCAGCACACCUGCUUGGAAACCGCUUGGUCCGUUCGAGGCAACGCUUGACUUGUUGGAUGACCAAUCUAUCUACGCUGUUGAUGCACCGGGCCAUCUUCCUGGUCAUAUCAAUCUUCUCUGCCGCCUCGGAGACCGCCAGUGGGUCUAUCUAGGGGGGGAUAGUUGUCAUGAUCUACGACUGCUUAGUGGGGAGCGAGAGAUUGCUACGUGGGUGGAUGUGCAUGGAGACACAAACUGCAUACACGUGGACAGGGUGCGAGCAAAAGAGACUCUUUCGAAUAUUAGGAGGCUGCAACAGAUGGAUGAGAUAGACGUAGAGGUUGUCAUGGCGCAUGAUGUGCAGUGGUGGAAGAAAAAUCAACAUCGGGCCUUCUCAGUGUCUCGUUAG